GAAAAACCCACGUCAAAACCAAAGCAAAGCAAACCAAGGGGAGAGGAAUCUCUCUGGUGGUUUGGGUUGCAAGCCUUCCACCUUACCUUUCCUUUGUGAAUUUCCUCAUACAAAAACAAAAACCACAACAAGUUUUACUUUUCUUCCUGUGCUUGAACUCCACAAAGAUAAGGAAGGAAAACCCAAAUUUCUGAUUCCUUAUUGAAGAGCUUAUGGUUUUUUCCUUGAGAAAUGGUUCAAAGAAAGGUAACAAGCAAGCUUGGUAUCCAAGCUGAACAUGUUAAAUCAGAUAAGCUCUUGGGAAACCUGAAGCUAUAUUCUUCUCAUCAACACCAAGAAGGCAAAGCUAGAGGAGCUGAUAUGAAGAAGAAAAUGAAGAAAUCAAGGCCUAACUCUAUCAAGCUUUCUGAUCUUGAGGCUCUUCAAACAUCAACAUCACCACCUUCAAGGAGAAGCUUAUCCCAACCAGGAAAGCCACCGACACCUCUUCAUGUUCCAAAAAUUGCAGCAUCAGCAUCAACAUCACCACAGAAGCUGCAGCCUUUGGUGAGAACAACAGAUGCUUCAGGUUCACCUAACUACAUGAAGCCCACAAGCAGUUCACAUGCAAAAAAGGAGCUUUUCCUGGUGAGCCAUAGAAAAACUCAAACUGGUUCUGAUUUUAAGAAUCUGAAAAGAAAAUUGUGUAGUGAUUCAAAAGAUACUUGUGUCUCUAGUAAAAAGACUGCAAAAACAUUGACAAGAUCAUCUAGUUUGAAAUUGGUGAGAACAUUGACAAAGACUACUAGUUUCAAGGCUUAUAGAUCUUGUCCUAGGAAAUCCACCAGAGCUGCUAUGUGUGCAGACAUGAGUGCAGAUGCAGCCCAUAGAGCUACCUGUUCUUCAACUUUGAAAGACUCAAAGUUCCCUGCAUACCUCAUGCUUAGUCCUGGGGGAACAGAGUCAGAGGGAACUUCAGCCAUGAAAGUUUGCCCAUAUACAUAUUGCUCUCUUAAUGGUCAUCAUCUUGCUGAUUUGCCUCCAUUGAAAAGCUUCAUGUCAGCAAGGAGGCACGUUUUGAAGACCCAGAAGCGCAUGAAGCUUGAAGCUCUAAGCCCUCGGAGAUUGAAGGUUUCAAGUGAAAAAGGGAAGAAGGAGGAGUCUGAUAUUGAGCAGAAUGUCUUUGAUGCAAAACCUGCAGCUGAUGAAAUUGGCAUGGAUGUCUUUAUUGAAAUCUAUGCUAAAGAAAAGGAUGAAAAUUCAAGAGGAGAAGAAGAAAUGGGGAGAAUAGACUACCUUAAGGAGAUUGAGGAUCAAGAAGAUGUCAAUUCCACAAUUCAAGAUAUGAAUAUCAUGCAAUUUACUACAACUCCAAGCUUAACUGAAACUCCUUCUCCUCCUGAGUUUAAGAUUGAUCUGGAGGAGGAUAUGAAAACAAUCUUUGAUGAUGCUGCAGUUGAAGUAGAUGUAAAAGGGGGCUUUCCCCAAGAGAAAAAUUUAGAAGAAGCAGAUGAAGAUCAUGAAGAAAUAAGCAUGGGAAGUUACUGCAGUGAUGAGGAACACAUGGGGGGUUUUGAUAUGGGUGAUUCUGAUUCCAAAUCCGACAGUAUGGAAUGGGACAAGCAAAUAUUUUGUGGAUUUGAUCAUGAAGAGGAUGCUGAUUCUGACUCUUCUGUAUCCACAGAGGAGGAUCUUGACUCAGAAGAUGAGUCCUCAUCAGAGAGUUCUCAUGAUAUGUCAGUGACAUGGUUAGAUGAUAUCCUUAGCAACUAUUAUGAGGUCAUUCUGUUUGAUGAAACACUCAAACAAGCCAAAUCAGAAGAAAGCUCCUAUUAUGAAUCACAACCUCAUCAUGGUGCUGAUUCUACCCUUGAGGACACAGAUGGAAGCACUGAGGCUCAAGAAACUUGUUCCCCCUCCAGUGACAUGGGUUAUGACCAAUCUCCUUUAACAGAGGAAAUACUCAAGUACCUAAAAAAUGCUGAAGAAAAUGCUGGGCAAUGCAACAACAAACAUGUGGAAGGCGAGGCGGAAAUCGAUCAUAGCCAAGCUCAAAAGGUGAAUGAAACUUGUGAAAUCAAUGAGACCAGCAAAGAGAACAACAAUGAUGACUACAGCAGCAAUAGUGAGGAGAACCAACUUGAUGUACCUGAAGAAAGCAUCAUAGUUGUUCAAGAUCAAAACAAAGCUAACAAGUUCAAAAGGAAAACUUGCAUAAAUGCUGAAGAUCAAAACACAAGUGAUAAUGGGAGAGCUUUAAUUAGGAGGAAGAAGCACAUUGAUGAUGAUGAUGAUGAAAUGAGAAAGUUCAAUCCUAGAGAUCCCAAUUUCUUACCCUUGGUUCCUGAACCAGGAGCAGAGAAGGUUGAUCUGAGGCAUCAAAUGAUGGAUGAGAGGAAGAAUGCAGAGGAAUGGAUGCUUGAUUGUGCGCUGAGACAGGUUGUGGAUAAACUUGCUCCUGCUAGGAAGAAGAAGGUGGCACUGCUUGUUGAAGCUUUUGAAGCAGUGAUGCCAAAUCCCAAAUGUGAUACCCGUUUGAGGAACAGUUCAGGGUUUGCUCAUGGUGGACGCAUUCAAGCUUGUAGCUGAUGAUGGAUGCUGCUGCUGAGGCCUAUUGAGUGCUAGUCAUGUAUCCCACCUUUGAAGAUUACAAGAAAAUUGUGCUUGAAGGUCAACCAAGUCGAAGUGUUACCCACAAACACAGGAAGCAUAACCAAUCUCCAGGAAUGAUCUACUUGCUAAAUAAUCGCAACAAGUAAUUUGUGGUGCAUCUCAUAUCUGAAACAUGGAAACUAUUGUGCUUGAACAAUCAAAGGAGUUGUAUCAGUUAAAUGAAAAUUGAAGCUCAACAAGGGUUAUACAUGGUUCCUACUUAGCUCUAUGAUUUAGCAAUUCAAAAUUGCUUAGAGUGUAUUUUAAUUAUGUGUUUACUUUGUGGUUUGUACUUGAUAUUUCAAUACUUCGUGUUCUUAAGAUUAUGGAUUCCUCCUGUUAACUUGUUAUACUUCUUUGUGCUUUGUAUAAUACAGAAGGAAAUUUACAA